AUGGUCCGGAUCAAACACCGCUACCUGCUCUUCCACAUCCUCUAUCCUUCUCCUCCCACGUCCUCAUCCUCCUCUUCUUCCACAGAUGCACCCGCAGCACCGCGAGCACCAGGCUCGACGCCAAAAGAAUCACCAACACCGGCGUACAUCCUCUUCCACCGCCCUUCGCCGGGCUACCUCACCCCCGCUCUCCUGGUGACGCACCUGCGCGGGCAGAUCCAGACACUGUUCGGCGACCACGGCGUGUCGGUGACGCAGUCGGCGCUACGACUCGUGUACUUCUCGCCUGCGACCUCGACGGGGAUCCUGCGCGUGCCCCGCGCCCAUUUCCGCCUGGUUUGGGCGAGCAUGACCUUCGUGACGAGCAUGCCUGCCCCCCACGCUCGAUCUGGCGCCACAGGAGGGAGGAGAGGUGGUGGUGGUGCGUUAUCCGACACGAUGACACAUCCAGAGUUGGCUUGUGUGAUUCGCGUGGUCAGGGUGAGCGGGACAAUCAGAAAGAGUGAGGACGAGCUCCUCCGGAGAGCGAGGACGGAUGUUGUCCGGGCGAAGCUGCAGGGUCGAAGUCUAGGUGAAGAAGGCGAUGAUACGAUUCUGGAGGGAAUCUUUGCUGGAGUGGACGGGAAGAGCCUGCUGAAGGGAAAGGACAAGGCUGAUGCCGCCGGAUCGGUUGGCGGAGACGAAAGCAUUGUAGACUUUGAAGAGGAUGAGGACUUUGAGGAUGAUUCUGGCUGA